AUGUUAUCGGAAAAGACGAGGAAGUCAGUUGAGAAUCCACACCAUGACAAGUUAAGUAGUCUUCCUGACAAUUUGAUUGAAACUAUCUUAAUGUAUAUGUCAAUAAAAGAAGCAGCAAAGACUAGUAUCUUAUCUAGACAAUGGCGGUAUAAGUGGACUACGAUUCCAGUUCUUAAUUUCAAUCUUGAAAGCCUCAAUAUUCCUAUAAGGGCUGUAACAGCGAUUGAUGAUCAAUCUGGUGUCGAUAAAUAUAACCAUAUCAUCAACACUGUUCUAAAACAACAUUCUGGUAAUGUUCAAAAGAUCAAAAUGACCAUUAUCAACAAAAAACGUCGUAAUGAUGAUUUACAAGUGCCUAAUGAAUUUAGAUGGAUACAGGAAUUAAUCUUGGGUUACAAUCUCAAAAUUUCAUAUAAUUUGCCACCUUUCAUAUUUUCUUGUAAAUCACUUGAAGUUUUACGCCUUGAAUGUUGCAUUUUUACGUCUCCUCUAUCUAUGAUCGCGUUACCCAAGCUCAAGACCCUUGACUUGAGAAAUGCCACUUUUCGUCCCAGUUGUUUGGAGUCGCAUAUAUCUCAAUGCCCUUUACUUGAAAAUUUGCGUCUAUAUGAUGUUGAAGGGAUUGUAGAUUUAACACUCGAUGCUCCAAUGCUCAAGUCAUGCGUUUUGAAAGGAGCAUUCGAGUCCAUUCACCUCAAUAACGCUACUUUACUCUCUUUCCUAUACCUUUGUCCUUACCGAAACUGCCCUGAAGCACGGGUUAAGAACUUACCUGAACUACAAGAGUUAACGGUAUAUGAAUUUUCUCCUGGAGAUUUAAGUAUGGUGUCCAGUCUGUUUAGCCUGAUUAGAAGUUGCUCAAACCUUCAAUAUCUCGAAAUUCAUUAUCUUGCCUUCUUUAGAAAACUUCUUGAAGGCUAUGGGAGACACUCCGAAAUGCUUCCAACACGUAAAAUCGAUACAUCUUGUAGGGAUCUAUGGAACAAUGUACGAGAUGGAAUUAUUAAAAUUUCUACUCAUCAACUCCCCUUCUUUAGGAAAGAUGAUUGUAAAGUCCAUACAUAA